AUGCCAGACUCGACGGCGCGUCUAGGAUGGAAUGGAACACAUUUCGCCGGGCGGGACUCCGUCCGUCUCUCAGGACCCCGCCGUCAACCUGCAGCGUUCAUUCUUACCAAGCUUCCUGGUGGGGGUAUUGAAGGCACGAUUAUGGAAGAUUUUCACAUCCUCCUCGCCAUCCCAUUCACCCAAAGGUUUUUCAGAAACUUGAUCACUAAGUUUAUCCAAGAGGAGUUCCAUGGGGCUGUGGCUAAGAUGUCAGUGUUGGAUGCUUUCCUUUUCUGGAUUGUACAUUCCGUAGAUAAGAAGCGUCUAUGGCACAGGCUGCCUGUGAUUUUGGGUCUCGCUUACCUGGAAAUUCGUAGACAUCUUCACCAGGUCUACAAUUUGCUAGAUGUUGGCCAUCAAAUUGGUGAAGGUUUCAACCCGGCUGAUUAUCCUUACAGGAUAGCAGAUGGAAGGUAUAAUGAUCCCUCCAAUGAGGUUGCAGGCAGUGUAAACUCUUUCUAUGGCAGGAACGUUAUGCCAUUUGAUCAGAAAGAUAAGUUGAUAACACCACAUCCUGCCCUAGUGGCUACAAAACUACUGGCUAGGAGAGAGUACAAGGACACAGGAAAGCAGUUCAACAUGGUUGCAGCCUCGUGGAUUCAGUUCAUGAUCCAUGACUGGAUUGAUCAUUUGGAGGAUACUAAGCAGAUAGAACUGAUUGCGCCAAAAGAGAUCGCGAGCCAAUGCCCUCUUAGUUCAUUUAAGUUCUAUACGACCAAGGAAGUCCCAACUGGCUUGCCAGACAUUAACACGGGUUUCCUGAACCCACGUACAUCUUGGUGGGAUGGAAGUGGUAUCUAUGGAAAUGAUGCAACACGGUUGCAGAAAGUGAGGGAGUUCAAAGAUGGGAAGCUGAAGAUAGCUGAAAAUGGUCUUUUACCCCAUGAUGAAGAUGGGUUGGCUAUUUCAGGAGAUAUUCGAAAUUCCUGGAUUGGUACCUCUACCCUGCAGGCCCUCUUCGCUAGAGAGCACAAUGCUGUCUGCGACAUGCUCAAGAGAGAAUAUCCAGAGAUGGGAGAUGAAGAAUUAUACAGGCGGGCAAGAUUGGUGACAGCUGCUGUGAUUGCUAAGGUUCAUACCAUUGAUUGGACAGUCGAGCUCCUGAAAACCGAUACAUUACACGCUGCAAUGCGAGCAAACUGGUAUGGAUUGCUGGGGAAAUGGUUCAAGGACACAUUUGGCCACAUUGGAGAUCCUCGACUGGGAGGUCUCGUUGGUUUGAAGAAGCCAGAAAAUCAUGGAGUUCCAUACUCCUUAACAGAGGAUUUUGUCAGUGUAUACCGGCUGCACUCACUUUUGCCCGACGAGUUGCUAGUUAGAGACAUUUCAACUGAAUCAGCUCCCGACGAGUCUCCACCGGUAGUCAAAAAGCUGCCCGUUCCAGAGUUAAUUGGCUCAAAAGGUGAGAAGGUCUUAGCAGAGAUAGGAUUCGAUAGGCAAAUGGUGUCCAUGGGCCACCAAGCCUGUGGCGCUCUUGAGCUAUGGAACUACCCUAAUUGGCUCAGGAACAUCGCACCCGAUGAUCCCAAUGGCAAAGACAGGCCUGAUCAUGUCGAUCUGCCAACUCUUGAAGUAUAUAGAGACAGAGAGAGGAAAGUUCCGAGGUACAAUGAGUUCCGCAGACGCCUGUUGAUGAUACCAAUAUCAAAAUGGGAAGACCUAACGGACGACAAGGAAGCCAUUCGAGUUCUCACUGAGGUUUAUGGCGAUCGAGUUGAGGAACUAGAUCUUCUUGUCGGUCUCAUGGCAGAGAAAAAAAUCAAAGGAUUCGCCAUAAGUGAGACUGCAUUCUUCAUAUUCAUUCUCAUGGCUUCGAGGAGGCUGGAGGCUGACAGGUUCUUCACGAGCUACUUCAACGAGGAAACCUACACAAAGAAAGGGCUUGCAUGGGUGAACAGAACGGAGUCUCUCCGAGAUGUGAUCAGUCGCCACUGUCCUGGAAUGACGAAGAAAUGGAUGAAAUCUGCUAGUGCAUUUACUGUCUGGAAUGCGCCUCCUCAGCCCCAAAGCUGCAUUCCCCUCUAUCUCCGGAUUCCAGGAUUUAUAUUGUACAUUCCAUUGACAAGAAGCGUCUAUGGCACAGGCUGCCUGAUUUUGGGUCUCGGUUACCUGGGAAUACGUAGACACCUUCAUAACGUCUAUAGUUUGCUCAAUGUUGGUCACCAGAUCGGUGAAGGCUUCAACCCGGCUGACUAUCCGUACAGGACAGCAGAUGGAAGGUAUAAUGAUCCCUCCAAUGAGUUUGCCGGCAGUGAAAACUCUUUCUUUGGCAGAAACGUAAUGCCUCUUGAUCAGAAAGAUAAGUUGAUAACACCACAUCCUGCUGUAGUGGCUGCAAAACUACUGGCAAGGAGAGAGUACAAGGAUACAGGAAAGCAGUUCAACAUGGUUGCAGCUUCUUGGAUUCAGUUCAUGAUCCACGACUGGAUUGAUCAUUUGGAGGAUACCAAGCAGAUAGAGCUUAUAGCACCAAAAGAGAUUGCCAGCCAAUGCCCUCUGAGUUCUUUCAAGUUCUACAUGACCAAGGAAGUUCCAACUGGUUCCUCAGACAUCAACACUGGUACCCUGAACACACGUACAUCAUGGUGGGAUGGAAGUGCUAUCUAUGGACAAAAUGCAACAAGGUUGCAGAAAGUGAGAGAGUUGAAAGAUGGGAAGCUGAAGAUAGCUGAAAAUGGUCUUCUACCCCAUGAUGAAGAUGGGGUGGCUUUAUCAGGAGACGUUCGUAGUGCCUGGAUUGGCACCUCUACCCUGCACGCCCUCUUCGUCAGAGAGCACAAUGCUGUCUGUGACAUGAUCAAGGAAGAAUAUCCAGAGAUGGUAGAUGAGGAACUAUACAGGCGGGCAAGAUUGGUGACAGCUGCUGUGAUUGCCAAGGUUCACACCAUUGAUUGGACUGUCGAGCUCCUGAAAACUGAUACAUUACUCGCUGCAAUGCGAACAAACUGGUACGGAUUCCUGGGGAAAUGGUUCAAGGACACAUUUGGCCACAUUGGAGAUGCUCAACUGGGAGGUCUUGUUGGUUUGAAGAAGCCAGAAAAUCAUGGAGUUCCAUAUUCCUUAACAGAGGAUUUCGUCAGUGUAUACCGACUGCACUCACUUUUACCUGACGAAUUCCUUGUUAGGGACAUUUCAACUGAACCAGCUCCCAACGAAUCUCCACCUGUAUCCAAAAAGCUUCCGCUUCCAGAGUUAAUAGGGGCAAAUGGAGAGAAGUUUUUAUCAGAAAUAGGGUUCACUAGGCAAAUGGUCUCCAUGGGCCAUCAAGCCUGUGGGGCUCUUGAGCUAUGGAACUACCCCAAUUGGCUUAGGAACUUGACAUCCGAGGAUCCCAGUGGCAGAGACAGGCCUGAUCAUGUGGACCUGCCAGCCCUUGAAGUAUAUAGAGACAGGGAGAGGAAAGUUCCGAGGUACAAUGAGUUCCGCAGACGCCUGUUGAUGAUACCAAUAUCGAAAUGGGAAGACCUAACGAACGACAAGGAAGCCAUCCGAGUGCUCACUGAGGUUUAUGGCGAUCGAAUUGAGGAAUUGGAUCUUCUAGUCGGCCUCAUGGCAGAGAAAAAGAUCAAAGGAUUCGCCAUAAGCGAGACUGCGUUCUUCAUAUUCAUCCUCAUGGCUUCAAGGAGGCUGGAGGCUGACAGGUUCUUCACGAGCUAUUUCAACGAGGAAACCUACACAAAAAAAGGGCUCGCAUGGGUGAACACUACGGAGUCUCUUCGAGAUGUGAUCGAUCGCCAUUCUCCUGGAAUGACCAAGAAAUGGAUGAACUCUACUAGUGCAUUUACUGUCUGGGAUGCGCCUCCACAGCGCCAAAGCUGGAUUCCUCUCUAUCUCCGGAUUCCAGGAUUUAUGUGACAUCUCUAGCUGUUAUUGCUGGUUUCCAAUUGUUUCAUAAAUAAAAGCUAGCAGAAAUGUUGUGUGUGAUACCAAGAUCAGUGUUUGGUAUUCUUUCAUUGGGGGUAAUUUGGACCAGCAGGAACCAUGUUAUGCUGGUGGACUGCAGCCUGCAGGUGCUUCACUUGUCCCUGUACUUGUGGUAGAUGAGAUGAUAGGGAAAGAAAACAGAGAUGUGAGAUAAAAUAAUAAGAAUCUCUGAGCUAUUAUUACCGAACAUAUUUAGCACUUGAAAAUUCUUGCAAG